AUGGCGGCUCGUACUACUGGAGCAGUAUCCCCGCAACUGUACUUCGAUGGAUCCGAAAGCAAGUAUGGCCUUUGGGAAGCAAGGUUUUUGGGACACUUACAUAUUUUAAAGUUGAAAGACACGGUUCUAAAUGAACCAGUUGGAGAAGAGCAAGCAGCAGCGGACAGAAUAAAGAAUCCAGACUGCUAUGCAGAGCUCAUAAGGUUGAUCGAUGAUAAAAGCCUGUCUUUAAUUAGACAUGAUGCUACAUACGAUGGAAGGAAAGCACUGAAAAUGCUGAGGGAGCACUACUCAGGAAAAAGCAAGCCACGAAUAAUCAACCUGUACACGUCCUUGACAAAACUACGGAAAGCAGAUAAAGAGUCGACUACGGACUACAUCAUCAGAGCAGAAAACCUGAUUACAGCACUUCGUGAUGCCGGUGAGACUCUCAGUGAUAGUUUGAUCAUAGCCAUGAUUCUUGGAGGACUUCCUGACGCUUACAAACCAUUAACUGUACAUGUAACACAAAACGAAGACAAUGUGACAUUUACAGAUUUCAAAAGGAGAUUAUGUAUUUACAAAGAGUCAGAGAAAAUUAGUACUGCUGAGCCAACAGACAAUGUGAUGAAAAUGUUCACAAAACAGGAUAGAAAUAUCCAGAAGACGUACACCAGCAGCACUCAAAGUAGAAGUGGAGAUGAAGAUAUGACAUGUUUCAAAUGUGGAUUAAAAGGACACAGAGCAAGAAAUUGUAUCCGAAAAGUGUGGUGCAAGUUUUGUAAGAGCAACACACACCAAGAAACCAUAUGCAAAAAGAAAGAUAAACGAGACAAUGUCAGAAAGGUUACUGAUGAACAUUCCAGUGAUUACCUCUUCAAAGCAGCACAAGGAGAAACCAGAGACUCAUUCAGUGGAACUAGCUGAUGGGACAAGAUGCAGUGGAAUGGCCCAAGGAAGAGGAACAGCUACGAUACAUCUAGUGGACAGCAAUGGACGACAGCACAGGGCACAACUACAAAACGCUCUGUACAUGCCCUCCUAUCCCCACAACAUCUUUUCAGUGGCGAGAGCAGCCGACGGAGGAGCAACCAUAACUUUCAAGAAAGGACAGAGCCACAUGAUCACUAAAGAUGGUAACAGAUUUAAAAUACACGAACAUGAGAAGCUGUAUUAUCUACCAACUGUUGAUGCGAAUGAUGAUCAGUGUAAAGUUUGUCAUGACGUACAAACAUGGCACGAGAUUCUAGGACACUGCAACUAUGACGAUGUAAUCAAACUCCAAACUGUGGUCAAAGGUAUGGUAAUCAAGGGAAAUGUUAAGCCGGAUCAGAUGUGUGACAUAUGUACAAAAGGCAAGUUUACCCAAACGAGAAAUAGGGAGCUAGAUGCUAAAGCAAAUAAACAAACCCCUGGAGUUAAUCCAUACAGACCUAACAGGACCAAUGAAAACUGAGAGCAUAGAAGGACACAAAUACGCACAAUGUUUCACAGAUGACUAUUCAGGUGCUGUAUUAGUAUAUUUCCUUAAGUCAAAAAGUUACUGCGACAGAAAAGUUCUUAGCAGAUGUAGCACCCUUUGGAGAUAUAAAGUGUAUACGUUCAGGAAACGGCACUGAGUUUACAAACAGAGUUCCAAAUGUUACUAACAAAGAACAAAAUAAAACAUGAGACGUCAGCGCCUUAUUUGCCACACCAAAAUGGCACAACAGAGAGAGGAUGGCGAACACUGUUUGACAUGGCUAGAUGCUUACUGAUAGUGUGUUGUCCUGAAGUCAACUGUUAAUAUUAUUUACGUAAUUACAUUAUAAUAUUUUUGUAUUACUUGAUAAUAUUUUGUAUUAGUAACUACAAUGCUUUAAUUUGGAGUUAAAGUUGUUUAUAUUUAUUGUACUUUAUAAUCGGUAAACAGCAGUUAGAUGAUGUCACUUCCGCUAAAUUACUUCCUGGGUUUUCACUCCGUUGUUGUACUUCCGCGUCAACCAACACCAUUUCCGACGUGGGAGGCGGAACUACCAAACAUUUGGAGUGAAUUUGGCGGCGGCGAGAGUAUCUAAAUCUGUUUUGGCGGUUGAGCAUAAGCUGUUUUGUGACUGGAUCGAGAUGGAAGGGGAUAGUGACGGGAUGUAUGAGGAUAGUAUGGAAAUGGAUAGGACUAGAGGGGAGAGAGGAAAGAAGGGGAGAGGAGGGAGUGAAGGAAAGGCGAGUACUAAAAGAGUGCAUGAAGACGAUGAAGAGGUUGAUAAGAGGAAAAGGGUUAUGAUGGAUGAAUAUAAGAUAAUUUAUACAUUUAAAUCAAACCAAGAUAUGAAUGACAUUAGUUUGAUGACUCUGGUUAAGGGAUUAAAGAAGGACAUUGGAGAGGUGGAGAUAGCGAAGGUGCUCAGGGACGGACGGCUGUUGAUUAAAUGCAAAAAUGGAGAGCAAAAGAACAAAGCAAUGCGAUUGCAAAAACUGUGCAACAAAAUAAUAAAGGAAAAAAUCGAAGUGGGAGAACGGAAGGGGGCAAGAGGAGUCGUGACAGGAAUCCCAAGAGGAGAAAAUUUAGAUGAUCUGAAAAGAGAAAUAAAAGGAGGAACUGUCACUACGAUGAAAAGAUUGAUGGCAUUUAGGAACGGUGAAAAGACUGAGAGCGAAUCCGUGCUAGUGCAAUUUGCAGAGGAGGUCCUCCCAGAGAGAAUCAUGAUUGGGUAUCUAAGCUUCUAUGUUAGAGCUUACGUGCCACCCCCAGUACGUUGUUUCAAGUGCCAACGCUAUGGGCACAUAGCUAGUGUGUGUAAUGCUAAAAUGAGAUGUGGAAGGUGUGGAGGGGAGCAUGAAUAUGGACAAUGUGGAGAAAAUGAACAGGUCAAGUGUUGUAAUUGUGGCGGGAAUCACACAGCAGCGUAUGGGGGCUGCAUCAUAAGAAAACAGGCAACAGAAGUACAGCAAAUCAGAGUUGAACGAAAUAUUACUUAUGCAGAGGCAGUUAAAAUAAGAAAUCAAGAAAGUGCAGAACAGGACAGAAGUGAAAAUAGUUCAAGAAAUAAAAAACAAGAGGCAGCAAAUACAGGAAUUUCCAUGGAUAAACUAGUUGUAUUCCUGGCUUAUGUAAUAAAUUGUACAGAACAGGCUAGAAACAAGACUGAGAAAAUCAAAAUAAUUGUCAAAGCAGCAGCAAAGUUUUUAAAUUUAAAAGAAUUAUCCUGGGAACAGGUGCAAGGUGAGCUACAGAGAGUAGACGAGACCGAGUCAUGUUACCACAAUCCAACGCCAUGUUAAUUGUUCAGUGGAAUGCCAGAAGUCUGAUAGCAAACGGACAGGAAUUAAAGGGAUAUAUUAAUAAUAUGAAAAAUAAACCACAUAUAAUAUGUAUUCAAGAAACAUGGCUGAAGCCAAAAUUAAACUUUAUAAUAAAAGGAUAUAUAACGAUACGUAAAGAUAGGAAUGAUGGGCAAGGAGGAGGAUGUGCCAUAUUUAUUAAGGAAGAUAUGCAUUAUUCAAUAUUAAAAGUAAAACAAGAACUAGAGAUAGUAGGAGUAGAAGUAUGGAAUAAUAAAGAAAGAUACAAAGUACUAAACUUCUAUAAUCCAUGCAAGAAAUUAGAAAUUCACCAACUAGAAACAAUAAUGGAGCACUGGAGUGGCAAUAUUAUUUGGUGUGGUGACUUUAAUGCACAUAGCACAAUGUGGGGUGAAAGGGAUGACUGGAAUGGGGAUACAUUGGAAGCACUUUUGGAGGAAAAAGAACUGGUGUGUGUGAAUGAUGGGUCGGGAACAAGGUUAGAUGUCGUCACGGGUAAAGAAACAGCAAUAGAUUUAACACUAGUGUCACAAGGGUUAGCAGGAAAGGUGGAGUGGGAAGUAAAUAAAUACAGCACAAUGGGAAGUGAUCACUAUCCAAUCGUCAUUCACAUAAACAUAAAUCAUAGGACAGAAAGCACUAGGAUAGAAGGAAGAUGGAAGUAUAAUCAUGGUGACUGGGAGAAAUUUAGGGAAAUUACCGACAUAACUUUAAAGGAAGUAGAUAUAAAUCAAGAUAUUGAACAAUUAAAUACAGAUAUUACAAAGUGCAUAAUAGAAGCAGCCGAACAGAGCAUACCAAGGAAUAGUAUAGGGAGAAGAAGGAAGAUAGUGCCGUGGUGGACACAAGAGUGCACAGAUGCAAUACAAGAACGGAAUAGAGCAUUUAGAAUAUUGAGAAGAACACAUAAUUUCCAAGACAUGAUCCAGUAUAAAAGGCAUCAAGCUAGAGUAAGGUAUGUUAUUAAAAAAACAAGAAAACACCAUUGGAGAACUUUUUGUGAAACACUAAAUAGAACUACUCCUUUAAGCCAAGUGUGGGGAAUGAUCAAGAGAAUGUCAGGGCUCAGAAAAGAACAUAAAAAUCAUGUGAUGAAAGAUGGAAUGCGGAGUGUGGUAGGAAAUAAAGAAAAAGCAGAACUUUUAGCAAAAACCUUUGUUAAAGUGCACAGUAAUGAUAAUUUGAAAAAUGUAGAAAAACAAAAGAGAGAAGAAACAAUUAGUGUAAAUAUUGAGGAAAUGAAGGAAGACAACGAUAAUAGUUUUAUCAACACUGUGGAUAUGACAUUUUCUUUGGAUGAAAUGGUUCGAAUUUUAAAAAAAGUUAAAAAUACGACGGCAGGGAAAGACCUGGUGAGUUAUCAAAUGAUCAAAAAUUUAGGUAGCAUCGGCAAAGAAGUGGUCUUGAAAUUAUAUAAUAGGAUAUAUGAAGAAGGAAAAUUACCAGAUGAGUGGAAAACAGCUGUAAUAAUUCCAAUAUGCAAGCCAGGGAAAGAUCCGGAAGAGGCAGGAAAUUAUAGGCCGAUUGCAUUGACCUCAAAUUUGGGCAAAGUAAUGGAAAAAAUGAUUAAUGAAAGAUUAAUAUAUUAUUUAGAGUCAAAAGAAAUUAUAAAAAACUACCAAAGUGGUUUUCGCAAAGCAAGAAGCACAAAUGACCCAGCAGUGCAGCUGGAAGAGGAAAUUAGAAAGGGACAAAUAAAUAAAGAAAGUAUAAUUGCGGUAUUUUUUGACAUAGAGAAAGCGUAUGAUAUGUUGUGGAAACAGGGGUUGCUGAUGAAACUAAAUAGGAUUGGGAUUAGAGGAAGAAUGUACAGAUGGAUAAAAGACUUUUUAACAAGUAGAACAUUAUUAGUAAAGAUAGAAAAUGAAUAUAGUAGAGAAUACAAAGUGGAAAAUGGGACCCCACAAGGGAGUAUAAUAAGUCCAGUACUAUUUUCCAUCAUGAUAAAUGAAGUUUUUAGUGAAGUGGAAGGGUUAGUGGAGGUGGCAUUGUUUGCUGAUGAUGGAGUGAUGUGGAAGAGAGGUAGAAAUACAAAUUAUAUAGAAAAGAAGAUUCAAAAAGCGGUAAAUAAUGUUCAAGACUGGGGGACGGCUUGGGGUUUAAGAUUCUCUGUUGGAAAGACAAAAGUCAUACAUUUUACGAAGAGGAAAAUACAAAACAAGCUCCAAAUAAAACUCUAUGGAGAAAACAUAGAAGAGGUACAAGUUUUUAAAUAUUUAGGAAUAUGGUUUGAUAAAAAUAUUAACUGGUCAACCCACAUCAGCAAGAUAAUGGAGAAAAGUAAAAAGGUGUUAAAUAUAAUGAGGGCUUUGAGGGGUAAAGAUUGGGGGGCUGAUAGGUUAACAUUGAAAACAAUAUAUAUCACUUUAAUUCGGUCUGUUAUCGACUACGGAUGCAUUAUUUAUCGAUCUGCUUCAAAAACUCUACUUGAGAAAAUAGACCGGAUCCAGUCGCAGGCGUUAAGAUUAUGUUGUGGAGCUACUAAAUCUACUCCAGUGGCAGCAUUACAAGUAGAAAUGAAUGAAAAACCUUUGGACAUGAGGAGAGAUCAACUCUCAGCAGUUUAUUGGGCAAACUUAAAAGGAUCCAAGCAAGGACAUCCAACCCGUCAAGUGCUAAUAAAUUGCCAAGAAAAAGGGAAGAAAAAAAUGAAUAGUUUUGGGUGGAUAAUAGGAGAUAUAUGUAAAAAAACACAAAUUGACAAUAUUAAAGUGAGCCCUACAGUACCAAUUCCUGCAAUACCACCGUGGAUGUAUGAAAACCCAAAGGUAGACAUGCAGUUACUGAAGAAUAGACAUUUAAAUAGUUACCAAAUAGAACAACGGAUUGAGGAAAUGUUUUUUGAUAAUAUUAUGAUAUACACAGAUGCAUCAAAAACUAUAAAUAGUAAAGUAGGAGCUGCUGCAGUUAUCCCACAGAGAAAUAUAGUGUUGAAUAAAAGAAUUAGUGAUAAACUAUCUGUUUUUACGGGGGAAUUGGUAGCAAUUUAUAUGGCAGUUAACUGGAUAGAGGAAAACAAAGCUAGGAAAGUAGUCGUGUGCUCGGACUCCAGCAGUGCAUUGACGAGCAUAAAAAACAUAACAUCAGAAACAAGACUAGAUAUAGUUUAUGAAAUAGUUCAGGCAAUCUACAGAAUAAAUAAAGCGGGAGGUGUGGUAACAUUUCUCUGGGUUCCUGCUCAUGUAGGAGUUGAGGGAAAUGAGUUAGCUGAUAGAUACGCAAAACAAGCAACCACUAAAACAGAAGUAAACAUGGAGAUUAAGCACAGUAAAGAAGAAGUGAAGAGCAUAAUUAAGAUAGAACACAAUAAAAAGUGGCAGGAUAAUUGGAAUAAGGAAACAAAAGGUAGAGAGUUUUACAAAGUCCAGAGGAAAGUAGGUGUAAUGAGAGGAGGGGGUAGAAAUAGGAAGGAAGAAGACAUUAUGACUAGAAUGAGAUUAGGGCAUACAUAUCUAAAUAGUUCACUAAAAUUGAUAGGCAAACAUACUACAGGGCUGUGUGAUUUUUGCCACCAGAUAGAAAAUGUUGACCAUGUCUUAAUACAAUGUAGGAAAUAUAAUAGAGAAAGAGAAAUACUGGAAAAUAAGUUAGCAAAAGAAAAUAUUAGGUUAGAAGUGGGAGAUAUAUUAGGAUUGCAUUCAGAAAACAUAGGAUAUAAAGCAAUAUACACAUAUUUAAAAAAUACUGGGUUAAGUAAAAGAAUAUAGAGUAGGGAUCCACCUCGGUCCACACUCCAUUACAGUAGGUGGCGGUAAUGCACACCAGAAGGUUGCUUGCCAACCGCCAUAAAAACAAAAGAAGAAGAAGAAGAAAUUACUUCCUGUUGGUUGACUUCCGGUAUUUGUUCGAAAGCUAGAGAUACAUUUUGUGGUUUUCUGUAGUACUUUCUGUUGCCAUCCUACACAAAGCGGCGAAGAAGCAAUGCCGUAAGUCGUCUUUAAUAAGUUAACAACAUGUCAGACACGUUAAAAAAGUGUAAUAGUGCCGAUAUGUUAAAUAUAAUUGUCGAACUAGAUACAAUGUGUUCAAGUCAUUUAGGCAGACGGGAGUCUCCCUCUGCUGGACAUUUUCCGACAAUACCGUUACAUUUUUAUAUGUCAUUGUAAACGAAUAUGUACAGAGGCAAUAAGUGUGUUGUGUGUUGUGUCUCUUGUUCUUUUCAGUUUUUCACCAUCUUGUCUAUGAAGGAAUUGUCAAAAGUAAAUGGUCAAGCUUACAA